CCGAAGAGUGCACAACACUUUGCCCGCAGUCGCAAUCGCAAUCGAAAAUCGUAGUCGCAUUCGCAAUCGCAGUUCACACAUUGUUGCUUUUCUUGGUGCGUAAACUUUGGCGAUUCGCGCGACAGCAAAUAGAAAUUGAACGAAUCGCAAAAUGGAUAUCUCAGCCUAUCAGCACAUGAACAUCCGCAUGAGCACACGGGGCAAGCGACCGUUGCGAAAUCUAACGCCAAACGACAAAGUCCGUGCCAUUCAACGCAUUCAUAAUGGCGAGACGAAAGCAAGUGUAUCCCGGGACAUUGGUGUACCGGAGUCUACACUCCGUGGCUGGUGUAAAAAUGAGCAAAAGUUACGGUUUAUGUGCCGCCAAUUGGGCAGCGACAAUUUGGGCCAACAGCUGGCCACACACGGUCUCGAUACACCGCCCGAAAAACGCGCCAAACUAGAGCUACAGCUGCUGCCACCAAAGUUCGCCACCAUGCCAGGCUACGAUGAGCUGGGCGGAUUCAGCGGUCUGCCAUUUCCAGCCAUGGAUUAUAGUUCCCACAACGAAGCGCUGCUCGAGAAGUUCGCCUUGGUCGAGUUUCUCAAGCGCAACGGCCUUCACACCGAAGAUGUUCGCUCUGCCGGCACAGAUCCUGCCUCACCAGUGACCAACAACAUGGUGCAUCAGCUCAAUCUCUUGGCACUCUUCAACUCCAAGUUGUCACCCAAGGUGGAGCACAACACAGCAACAACUCCAACGGCAGCUACCAUUCCUAAUCUCAAUCUCAGUCUAAAUUUAAAGACUACGGACAUUCAAUCGGAUGAGACCAAGAAAUACAAUUGUCCGCUGCUGAGUGUGAAGAAUUGGGCCAAGGAUCCAGCCAAAUCCAGCCAGAUGCCCUUUGCCCAACCGCCGUACAGCAAUGACAGCAACAACAACGACAUCGAAGGCAGAGUCACCACAACAUCGACACCCACUCCAGAGAUUGUUCCAUUAACUGUUCCAGUUCCACCGCAACUGCAAGAUGCCGAAGCUCAAGCCCAGGGACAGGGUCAGGGAGCAUUGCUGGAUUGGUGCAAAAUGUUCAGUGCGAGUCUGAACUUUUUUGCCUUCGCCGCGGCUGCGGCUUCAAUGCAUCCGGGAGCAGCAGGAGCAGCAACUGGAACACCACUUGGCAGCGAGGCAGAUUUGCAUGGCUUCAACGAUGCCCUGCUUAAGCGCCUGAGUCCUUCGGUGCACAGCGAGUCCUCGAAAGAGAGCUACUACGACAGUGAGCCAGAAGAUCUAUCUGUGCGCUCGUGUGCCUCAAAGGUGUCGAGUCCGGCCAACAGCAGAUCUCAGAGUCCGGAUAAGAGCAGCACAUCAAGCACAUCGAUUCACAGCGAUGGCGAGCAAUAGUCAAUUCGAGAAUCUCCUCACACAUUGUAGAUAUUUGCAUAAAAGUAAAAUAACGAGUAUUUUUCAAGUUUCAAUUGCUCAAGUUUCGGGUCUUUUAAGCGUCGUCGUACAUCAAUAAACUCAACUAGAUUUCUCAAUCAUAAAACCUAUUUUAAUCUGGCCAAGAUAGCAAAUUGCCGCCAAAUAAUUGAGUAUACUACUCUUCAGAUUUUAAUCAAAGCAAUAAGUAUUCAAAUAAUAAACAACAAUAACAAUAACUAAAACAAAAAAAUGGAGAACAAACAACAAGCAACAAUACUAAUCACGUUUUAAUGUCAUACCUAACUAUUAACAACCAUCGUUGACUGUGUAUAAAUAAAACAAAAACAAAAAAAAAGAGAAAA